AUGCCUGUCACCGAAAUCAAAAGCCAAGACGACUACGAGAAACUCAUUAAGAAGUAUAAAGUCGUCAUCAUCAAUGCACUCUCCAACCAAAUUCCCUACAAUUCGGAAUUAUUCGUCCUCGCUAAACUCGAUAUCGGCGACGCACCCGAUCUUGCCGAAAAGCUUGACGUUCAAGGUGUCCCUUUUUUCAUGGCUUACGAGAAUGGAAUUAGGAAGGAUAGUGUUAUGAUGCCCAGUCAGAGUACACUCCAGAAGCUUCUCAUCUCCUGGUCUGAUAAAGCUCAUGAGCUGGGGAAAUGA